CGGGCCCCGCGGGGUGGCGGGCAGGGCGGGCCUGCGCGGGCACCAAUCCCUCCGCCCCACAGGCCGCAGCGCCGGCGGGCCCGCCGCGCUCUUGCCGCCUGCCCGGAGCGGCCCCCGGGCGCGGAGCCCAGGGGAGCCUCUCCCCGAGCACCGACAUCCCAGCGCGGGAAGGCGCCGCCCUGCCCGGCCGGUAUUGCCGUGCGGCGCUUCCCCUGCGCCCGGCCUGAGCGGCCUCUGUUCAGAGCCGGCGUUUUGUUUUGUUCAGGAUUUUUCUUUGGUUGUUUUGUGUUUUGGGGGACUGGUUUUUUUUUUUUUUUCGUUUCCCGCCUACCCCCAGCCACCUCCCUGGGAUUGCGUUCGGGAUUGUGUUCGGGAAGGAAACGCCAUGCGUGUGCCCUCGGCCCCUCCUGCUCCGGGGUGCUGGGGGUACCGGCUGCGGCUGUGCCUCGGCCCGGGUGUGCCCGGCCAAGGCGGGCCCGGCGGUUCGGCCGCACGCAGCCCUCGGCCCGCGGCCCGGAGCGCGUCUCGGUGCGCAGCAGAGUCGGGAAGAAAAGGCACCAACGCGUGUGCGGGCACUGUUUUAGUUCUGGUACAUUAAAGGUUGAAAGAAGAAAAGGAGACCAGCUUGUCCAGUGAAGAUGCACUCUUAGUCUUCAGCUAUUUAAGCUGAAUGCAUUGUGAUUUCCAAUAAUUGAGACAGUGAUUCUGAAAGCUGUCUACAUUAAUGAAAAGAACAAUGUAGUCAGCUUAACUGAAUCAUCAGUGUUGCAUAUUGAAUAGGACAUGAUAAACCAAUCCUGAUGGACUUACGCAUGUUAGGAAAAUAGGGAUAAACAUUUCUUAAAGCAUUGUUUUUUUUAAAACAGUAGUUUUAAAAAUGGAGAACUAUGAAAAUGUACCACCCCUCCCUAAAGAACCUGCGAGAGAAAUGAAUGUGGAGAAUCACACUUGUCGGCCACCUCUGCCGCCCAACGAACAGCCUCCACCACCUCCCCUGCAAACGUCCAGUGACGCAGAGGUAAUGGACGUUGGCUCUGGUGGUGAUGGACAGUCAGAGACCCCUGCUGGGGACACGAACAGUCUCUGCAGAACACAGCUGCUCACAAAGGGAUCUGCCUGCUACAAAAGUCGUCUUAUCGUAGACCCCAACAGUAGUGACCAAAGCCCCAGAACCGCUCGCCACGCGCCGUCAGUUCGAAAGUUCACCCCAGAUCUUAAGUUACUGAAGGAUGUGAAGAUUAGUGUUAGCUUUACAGAAAGCUGCAAAAGCAAAGAUAGGAAAGUUCUGUACACUGGAGUUGAGCAGGAUUAUAAGGCAGAUACAGAGUUUGGUAUUAAUAAUGUCAAUGGGGAUUUGCAUGUUUGUCCUUUUGGUGGUAGUAAUGGUAAAGCUGCAGGGAUAGGGGGUGAAAGUGAUGACAAGAAGGAUGAUGAAAAUGAUAUUGAUCAGGAAAAGAGAGUGGAAUUUGCAGUUCUGGAUGAGCUAGAAGACUUUACCGACAAUUUGAUGGAAAUAGAUGAAGAAGGAGGAGGGUUCACAUCUAAAGCAAUCGUUCAAAGAGAUAAAGUGGAUGAAGAAACCUUGAAUUUCUCCUAUGAGGAUGACUUUGAUAAUGAUGUGGAUGCUCUGCUGGAGGAGGGUCUUCGAGCACCCAAAACAAGGAGACUAGAUAAUGAGAAAUACGGUGGUGAAAGUGAUCACCAGUCUGAUGGAGAGACAAGCGUGCAGCCCAUGAUGACCAAAAUCAAAACUGUACUGAAGAGUCGUGGCCGCCCUCCUACAGAACCUUUGCCAGAUGGAUGGAUCAUGACAUUCCAUAAUUCAGGCAUUCCUGUAUAUCUGCACAGAGAAUCUAGAGUUGUUACCUGGUCUAGACCUUAUUUUUUGGGAACAGGAAGCAUAAGGAAACAUGAUCCUCCCCUUAGUAGCAUUCCUUGCUUUCAUUACAAAAAAAUGAAGGAAAAUGAGGAAAGGGAACAAAACAAUGACAUAACCCCAAAUGGGGAAGUAUCACCUGUAAAGCAUCUAGAUAAAUCCUCAGAACUGGACUGCCAAACAGAAGAACCAGAUUCCACUGCUGCUGAUUCUGGGCCUUUAGAUGACAAAGACCCUUCUGGGGGAGAUGCAGCACAAGGAGCUUUGGGACAAGUUAAGGCCAAAGUUGAAGUGUGUAAAGAUGAAUCUGUAGAUCUGGAAGAUUUUAGACGCUAUCUGGAGAAGCGUUUUGACUUUGAACAAGUGACUGUAAAGAAGUUCCGGACGUGGGCCGAGCGACGCCAGUUCAACCGCGAGAUGAAGCGGAAGCAGGCGGAGUCCGAGCGGCCCAUCCUGCCGGCCAACCAGAAACUCAUCACCCUGUCUGUGCAGGAUGCACCUAUAAAGAAAGAGUUUGUCAUUAAUCCCAAUGGGAAGUCUGAAGUUUGCAUCUUGCAUGAAUAUAUGCAACGAGUCCUAAAGGUUCGCCCUGUUUACAAUUUCUUUGAAUGUGAGAACCCAAGUGAACCUUUUGGAGCCUCAGUGAUUAUUGAUGGAGUAACCUAUGGGGCAGGAACUGCCAGCAGCAAAAAACUUGCCAAGAAUAAAGCUGCUCGAGCUACACUGGAAAUCCUUAUUCCUGACUUUGUUAAACAGACCUCUGAGGAGAAGCCCAAAGACAGUCAAGAACUUGAGUAUUUUAACCAUAUCAGUAUUGAGGACUCACGGGUAUAUGAACUCACCAGUAAAGCUGGGCUCCUGUCUCCAUAUCAGAUUCUCCAUGAGUGCCUUAAAAGAAACCACGGAAUGGGUGAUACAUCCAUAAAGUUUGAAGUGAUUCCUGGGAAAAAUCAGAAGAGUGAAUAUGUCAUGACUUGUGGCAAGCACACAGUGCGAGGCUGGUGCAAAAAUAAAAGAGUAGGGAAGCAAUUGGCUUCUCAGAAAAUCCUUCAGCUACUGCAUCCACAUGUGAAAAAUUGGGGCUCUCUCUUGCGAAUGUACGGCAGAGAGAAUAGCAAGCUGGUUAAACAGGAAACCUCUGAUAGAAGUGUGAUAGAACUUCAGCAGUAUGCCAAAAAGAACAAGCCAAAUCUGCAUAUCCUGAACAAGUUACAGGAAGAAAUGAAGAAACUGGCCCAGGAAAGAGAGGAAACCCGAAAGAAACCCAAGAUGACAAUAGUGGAAUCAGCUCAACCUGGUAGUGAACCUCUCUGUACUGUUGAUGUUUAAUGAGAAAACGUGCAAGUGGGGAGCAAUAACACAAAUGGAGGAACUAGAUUUUCAACAAUUAUUUAAAAAUUGUUUGCUGCAGAAUGCAAGAUAACUUUUAAAAUCCAAGCUGCUUCAGUUAUGCAUUGUUCGUUUUGCAUCAUCAGGGCAAUAUUACUUUUUCCUAGUUUCUUUUUCUUGGUUUUUUUUUUUUCCUUGUUUAAUACCUCUGAGAUAUGUACGUUUAAAGAAUUGAUCAUAAAGAUCUCUACUGGGGCAAAUGCACAGAGGACAGGCAUGUUCACACAGGAUAAAACCAAUCAAGCACUUUCUCCUGGAAAGCCAUCCAUGUUGUUUGAAAUGGAUGUAUUUUAAGUAUGAAAAUCAGAAUAUCUAUGUACAGGUUGAAGCUGAUAUUAUAUAUAUACACAUUCAUAUAUAUGUAUAUAUAAAAGAAGUAUAUGUACAUCUUCUUGUAUGAACAUGCCUAAAACUAUUUUUGUGAAAAGUUGUGUUGCAUUUCAGCACAUAAUAAUAUGCACUGAUAAGACACUUUGGUGACAAAUACAGGAAAGUGAUGAGCAAUGUUUCUAAUGCCAUAGGAUUAGGCCAGUAAAGCUGUUUCUUUUUGUCUUGUUUCUUGUCUCCUGCCAGGCUUAGUUAUUUGAGAUUAGAGGAUGCAGAUUUUGUUAUUACUUGAAAAGAACAAGAAUACCUGGUAGUGUUAAGAGUAACAGGUUGGAGAUUCAAAAUUACUGAGGUUUAUUUUAAAUGAAAAGAGCCUGUGUUAGUUUACAGAUCAGUUGAACAGGGAAAAUAUGGCCCCACAUCUAUGAUUAAAAUAAAAACUGUAAUUUGAAAGGCUGUUUUCAAAGCUUGGAGCCAAAAUGCAGCUGAUGAUGGUUGAAAGUCUGAAGAUAUUUUGCCAAUGACUUUCCACUCCCUUUUCCCAGCAAUAAAACAAUUUCUCAUUUGUUUGGUGUCAGAUUGCAUCUGACUUGAUCAGUUAAGUCUUAAUUAAUUUGCACCAUAAAAGCAAAGACUUCAGAAAAAAAAAAUCAACACAACCCUUAAGUCCGACUGCAGCAAUUUAGAUUUUUUUAAGAAGUUUUUGUUUUUACUUUUUUAAUUACAUUUUUAGUUUUUAAAGAAAGUAUGUAACUUCUGCAAUGAAAAUUAGAAUGUAGAUUUGGAAUAUGACAUAGAGUAAUAAGUAGAAUGAGACCAUAACCGGUUAUACUCAGAAAAUCACAAAUAUGCAACUACUCUGAAAUACAAUCCUGGCAAACAGGCAGUACUCACUGUGUCAUCUGAGGCUUUACCAAGCCAAGCACAAAAGAAAUAGUGUGGCUGUGUGGAAGCACUGCUUCGUGGCUUUCGUUCUUCACACGGGGGUCACUGGGGGGCUGCAGGAAUCUUCUCCUGCAGCCAGUUUUGGUUUGCUCUUCAAGAAUAGAGCAAGAGCCAAGCUGGUGGCAGGGCUGCAGUCACUUAUCCAGGAGCUGCACUGCUCCAUUUUUACACUCCUCUGCUCCUGUUGGGAAUGAAAGGUCAGUUCUCUGUACCUGCUGCAGCUCCUGGUACUUAUAUUGACAGGGAUCUGGGGGCUUGAGGGGUUUUUUUUUGUUUUGUUUUUAAUCUGAUUUUGGUGUGGUUGUUUUUUAAUUUACCAUGUUACAUAGAGAGUGCUGCAGUAUAUUGAAUUUAGUGCCUACUGGAUUUGAAAAAUGUUGGCAUCAGUAUUGUAAGACCUCCUAUUAACAUCACACAUUACUUUGGAAAUAUGUGGAUUUUAAUUUAUAUUUCAAGCUAAUGUUCUCUAAUGUGUUGCAUGUAAUGUUAGAGGUUAAACAGGACGAGUCACGGAGUCUUACCUGUUUCUGAGUUUAAAUGAUACACUUGGAGGUCUCUGCAAAUAUAAUCAACCCAUUUUUUUAUUAUUAUAUUUAGUUUUUUAGUUCCAUGAGUUGUAAUCCUGAUACAACAGGAUACGGGUAGUUGGAAGACAAUAUAUAAACUAUUAUUUAAAGAAGUGGCCUGUCUUAAAAAAAAAAAGAAAAAAAAACCACAAAAAAACACUGCCUCUGCUUUUUUUUUUGUAUAGCUUUAAUAAAUCUCCAUCUUUUGAAGGGUAUAUAAUAUUGGUGCAGUAGUGACAAGCAGUGAUUGCUGUUUGUCUCUUUCCAUUGUUUUUAUUGGGACUUUUCUGUUUUCAUAAAGACAGGGCUUUUAUCUUCUAUGCCUAAAUGUAUUACUCUUAGAUAGCUUUUAUUUCAGCUUGUGUUUUCAGCAGAAAAAUCUGUACUUGGAUGGCACUGUAAAAGACAAAUCACCCUUGUAGAUCUUUUUAUUUUUCUGAAAUCAGAAUGUCAAUGCAUUUGCAGGUCACCUGCAGAAUAUCCAUAGAUGCCUCACUUACCAAUUUGUUUUCAUUAAUUUUAAGAGGAUUGCUGUAUUACCUCAGUCUGCCACUAUCAGAAUCACAAGGUGACCAUUGCCCUUAAUUAAAACAUCCAGAGAUUUCAUUGUGAACCAAAGCCUAGAACGUAUAUUAUGCAUUCUAAAGAAAAACAAACAUAAAAAGAUGGUAUUAGACCUUGCUGCAGCCUUUAACUGGAGAGAUGUCCAGAAAAUAGCGCAAUAACUGCUGGAACAAACAACGUAACUGCUGUUUGUGUCAUUGUGGAGUAUUCUUGUGUUUUAAUGUUUACUAUUGUUUGGAGUGUAACAGUCUUGCAUUUGCACAUGAGCACGAGCUGCUGUGAUAGAGGAUAGACCAUUGCAUUAACUUCAGCUUCUGCAUGAACACUUACAGUGUGAUUCAAGAUGUAUCCUAAACUUGUCUUGUAACUCUUGUGUGUUUUCUAGGUAAUCGGCUGUAAAGGUUUAGAUCUGAUUGUAUGAAUGCAUAAAACUGCUGCUUUUGUCACUGAUACUUGUUAUUUAUCCCUUCUGUAACCAGGGGAAGAUGGGUAUUUUUCUAGGGAUGGAGUGUAUUUUUAAGAACUGUUCCAUCCUUUGGGGAUUAGACAGAUUUUGCUUUGCAUAUUAUGUGCUUCUCGACAAAAGUGUGGUAUAUUGACUUUAAGGAUGAAAUUCGUGUGCAUUCAAAUCUUCAUGGUACUGACGGAAAACUUACUGUGACUAGUCAGAUGCUACCUACUGAAACACCAGGCAUCAGCUUUUCUGAACAUAUUUAUUAGACAAAACUGAAUUAGUUGGGUACUCAGAACUUUGGAAAGACUAUUAUGCAUAAACUUAACUGUUGUACGUAAACUUCCAUUCUCCUGUGAUGCUGUUAGGCUUUAUACAAAUAAUAUUUGUAACGUCCAAGUAUUUAAAAGCAUCAUGAUUAUCUUACUAAUUCACUAAACUGUACUUUGGUUCUGGAGUGAAAUUCAGGAAGUGAUAGCCUCCUAACUUUGUGGGAAGAAAGAAAUGUGACGUGCAAGAAGCCAUGCUGUUAUUAACCAAAUAAAAUUAUCAGUGACAGUAUUUCAAUGUGUAUCUGAGAACAUGGGAAACAAAACAAAGUUUAUCCUUAUUGCCCCAGCAGGUAACCAUGGUUGCUGUUUUGAGUUGUGUUGGGUGCAGUUGCUUGGUGCCAGUGCUGAAUUGGUACAACUAUAAAGCCUCAUUUUCACUGAGCCUCUGCUUGCUUUUUUUUCUGCACAAUCAUGUAAUCCUCUGUGUUCGGUCUUUGAGUACUACAUGUGUAUUUUUCAGACAAUUAGUUUCGAGCAAUAAAGUUUGAUAUUAUA